AUGGUGAAGGACACGAUGGAAAACGACAAGAAAACACAAGUUAUCGCCAGCGAUCCAAUUGCCCCUCCUCCCGCGCCGUCGCCCCCCAGAAACGGCAACACCUCCUUCGUCGCCAUGCCCGACGACUGUCCUCCAGAGUGCCCACAAGAAGACCAUGUCAAGGUGGAUGACGAAGCCCACGAAGAUGUCGACGACGACACCAAGUCCGACUCAUCAGAGCUAGAAUACUUUGACUUGGACAGCGACCACCUCACUACUCCCAUUGAGUCUCUUGACGACUAUGGCCCCGGCGGCUUUCACCCCGUUCACCUGGGCGACACCCUCGGUCCCCUCUCUGACCCGUCACGUUUUCGCGUCCUUCACAAGCUCGGUCGUGGCGGCUAUGGCACCGUCUGGCUCUGUCGCGAUACCAAAGACGGCAAGCCGAAAGCGCUCAAGAUUCUUUCAGCUGACGCAUCGGAAAAAGCGGCGAAGGAGUGCCCCGACUUAAAAGCCCUACAACUUCUCACUCGUGCCGACUCCUACGACACGAACCUUUCCCCUCAAGCUCACGCAAUUGCCGAAGACCUUCUAAGAUAUACUAACGGCUAG